AUGGAUAUGCUUAAUAACUUGGCUGCUUAAGUCAAUCCAAUCGCUAAUCUCAAGAUGCACGUUCUUCUUAUAGUCUCCAAUAAAGAAGAAUCUAAGGCUGCAGAGAAGAUUUAUGAUCCAAAGUUUCACAAAAUUUCAACUGUCAUGCCAGAUGCUAAAGCGAAGUAUCCCAAAGAUGUUCAUGCUAUCGUGGCUUUCUGUGGCAAAGAUGAUUUAACUAAGAUUGGCACUAUUUUGGAUUAGUACACCAAGUAUUCAAUCAAGACAAUAUUUGGAAAGCAGACUGAAGAUGUUAAGAAUUUAGAAAGUCAGGACUGGAAGUACUUCGAGCUCUCAAUGAAGGAUGACACUUCAAAAUUCGAAUCUUUGAGAUCAUAUCUUAAGCAGACAUUUGACAAAGAAGUUGACAACAUUAAAAAGAUAUUCGAGAGUAUUGAUGAAGAUGGUAAUAAGUUCUUAUCACCAUUCGAGUUGACCCUUGUAUCUCAGCAACUUGGAAAGCCAAUGUCAAAAGAAGAAGUUGAAUAAUGCUGCAAAAUCAUCGAUUCUGAUGGAAAUGGACAGAUAACAUUUGAUGAAUUCGCUCUAUGGUGGAUUGGAGGCAGAGAGGGAGCUCCUGAAGGUUUGGGGAGUUAACUUGCUACAUUCAUGGCAAAUACCUAAAAGUAUACUAAUCUAGCUAUGAGACAGCUUAAUCAAACAUUGAAAACAACUAACAAUAUAAGCGUACAAGAUAUGAGAUAAUUCCAAGUCUAACUAAAGAUGGGGAAAUUUGAAGAAGAAAAUUCUGGUAUCUCCCUUGAGACAUAAUUUAGUAUCAUUGACUCUAAAUCUGAUCCAGUACUUGGUAUUAAGGAAAACUUAGGCUUUACUGACAAGGAAUGCUGGUUUAUGAUGAGAUUCUAUGUUGAUGAUGAUGAGACUCCAGAGCAAGUUGCUGAAAAAGUUAAGAAUUACAAAGUCAUAAAGCUUUUAGAAAAGUAUGUAAAGAUCUACAACAAGGCGAGACAAGGUGAAGCAGGUGCAUAAUAAGCUAAACUUCAAAUAAAGCCAGAUAAAAAAUCAAUUAUCAUUGGGAUCUAAGGAGGCCAUUAACUCUAGUAUUUAAAGCAAUCCUACAUUUCACCAUUUGAUCCAGUACUUGACAAAGUCAUAUAACUCUAAAAGAAAUCAAAUACUCAAAAUUUCUAUCAAUCAUUGACAGUAGUUACAGAAUUAGGUACCAACUUAGUCGAGCUUUUGGCAAAUAAAAGCACUAUCAUUGAUUCUUUGAUGAAAGGUGUGAACUUCAAGGUUGGGUUUAAGCUACUCUCUAAGAUGGAUGAUAUUCUAUUAAGCAUAAUUCAGUUUUAUGAAGAAUAAGCAAAGAAAGAAAAGAAGGAUAGUGGCAAGAAGCUAGAUGCUGCUGAUAAAGUUGCUGAAAAGUAGCAAAGGCAUUUCCUUCAUUUGAUGUCAGUUAUUAUCAAGAGUAAAUUGACAGCAUCGUUUGAACUUGAUUAUGCUGAGUCAUUCCAAAAUAAUCUUCUCUCAUGGAUUGAUCAAUAAGAAAUGCAGGCAAUAUUAAAUAUGGUACCCUAGGAUGCACUUCCUUUCUUAUCAACUCUUAAAGAAGAUUUUGAUUAGUUACAAGGAAAAGAUGGCAUACCAGAAGUAAUUAGCUCCGUUAAAAGCCUUAUGGAAUCAAUCUUUGAAAGCAUUAUGAUUAAAGAAGUUCUCAAUGGAAUGAUUGAGUUUGUUAACGAAAAUAUUGAUGAUGAUGAUAAAGAUGAAGAAGAUGAAAAGUAUCCUGAAAAUAGAGUAGAUGAAUUCAUUGAGGAAAUAUGCUAGUUUACUCUUGAAUGCUUUGAUGAGAGAAUGGAAAUUAUGUUUUUCUUUAAAAAUUGCUGCUUAAGUUUCAACCUUUUGCUCAAGGAGUUUAGAAGAACUUUAUUUGCUUUGGGCAAGGCUUAUCAAAAGGUCAACCCUGCAAGUGACGAUGAAGGAGAAGAUGAUUACUGA